CGUGGCCGGGAGCCCCGCCUCCGCGCUUCCCUGAGGCGGCUGUGGCGGCGGCCGAGCCGAGCUGAGGCGAGCGGAUCCCGCCAUGGGGAACUGCCACACGGUGGGGCCGAACGAGGCGCUCGUCGUCUCAGGCGGCUGUUGUGGUUCUGAUAACAAGCAGUACAUCUACGGCGGCUGGGCCUGGGCCUGGUGGUGCAUUUCUGACACCCAGAGACUGUCUUUGGAAGUCAUGACCAUCCUAUGUCGCUGUGAGAAUAUUGAGACGUCGGAGGGGGUGCCACUGUACGUAACGGGGGUCGCUCAGGUGAAAAUAAUGACCGACAAGGAACUCCUGGCCGUUGCUUGCGAGCAGUUCUUGGGGAAGAAUGUCCAGGACAUCAAGAACGUGGUUCUGCAGACGUUGGAGGGACACCUUCGGUCCAUCCUGGGCACUCUGACCGUGGAGCAGAUCUAUCAGGACCGAGACCAGUUUGCCAAGCUGGUGCGGGAGGUGGCGGCGCCAGACGUGGGCAGGAUGGGCAUCGAGAUCCUCAGCUUCACUAUCAAGGAUGUCUACGAUAAAGUCAGCUACCUGAGCUCGCUGGGGAAAACCCAGAUCGCCGUGGUCCAGCGAGACGCUGAUAUCGGCGUGGCCGAAGCCGAGCGAGACGCCGGCAUCCGGGAGGCCGAGUGCAAGAGGGAGAUGUUAGACGUGAAGUUCAUGGCGGACACCAAAGUGGCCGACUCCAAGCGGGCCUUUGAAAUGAAGAAGGCCGCCUUCACGCAGGAGAUCAACAUGAAGUCGGCCGAGGCUCAGCUGGCCUACGAGCUGCAGGGCGCCAAGGAGCAGCAGAAGAUCCGCCAAGAGGAGAUCGAAAUCGAGGUGGUGCAGCGCCGGCGGCAGAUCGACGUGGAGGAGAAGGAGAUCGUGAGGAUGGACAAGGAGCUCCACUCCACCGUCCGGCUGCCGGCCGAGGCCGAGGCCCACCGCAUGCAGGAGGUCGCCGAGGGGCAAAAGGUCAAGCAGGUGCUGAUCGCCCAGGCCGAAGGGGAGAAGAUCCGCAAGAUCGGCGAGGCCGAAGCUCUGGUGAUCGAGGCCAUCGGCAAGGCGGAGGCCGAGAAGAUGAAGCUCAAGGCGGAGGCCUACCAGCAGUACGGGGAGGCAGCCAAGAUGGCCUUGGUGCUGGACGCCCUGCCCCAUAUCGCAGCCAAGGUCUCGGCUCCCCUGUCCAAGGUGGGCGAGAUCGUCAUCCUCAGCGGAGACAACAACAAGGUGACAUCGGAGGUGAACCGGCUCCUGGCUGAGAUCCCGGCGUCUGUGCAUGCCCUCACCGGAGUCGACCUCACCAAGAUUCCCCUGAUCCAGAAGGCCACCGGAGUGCAAGCCUGAGUCUCCACCGGUUGGGGAAGACCACACCUCCCAUGAUGCACUUCCCACCCGCUGUGGUCUCGUGGUUCAGUAGGGGAUGGGGGGGAGCCCCUCUCAGUGGGUGCCUUAAUCGUGGAGGAGCACGGCUGCCCCCCCCUUCUCCCCCCAACCGCCCUUUGCAUUUCUAAGAGAAGGGUCUCCCAGUCGUUUCUCUGUUCUGUGUCGUGCUAGCCAACACCUCCCGUCCCCCUCCUUCCUCCUUCCUCCACCUCCAACUUCGUGCCUUGACUGCCUGCACCCGCCACCCCCCCACCCCACACAGACUGUUGCUUGCCCCCUAAUCUGAGGGGUCAGAUAUGGGCCUGACCUCCCCAUGUACACACCUGGAGGUCUCUGUCUCUCUCCCCGCAUCCCCUCCGUCCCUCCAGUGGGUGGGCUGCCUUGGAGCUCCCAAGCUCAGGGUCUGCCCUGGUGCCCGGAAGAGGAAGUGGUGGGCCGGGAAGGAUUUGACGGACAGCUUUGACUGUGGGUCGCAUAGACCCUGAGCUCACGGUGCACGUCCCCCCUUCCCACAGCCACCUGUUCAAUGGUUUGUCUCCGGAUUGUGCCUGGUCUUUAGCCGGUCUGCUGCCUCCUUCUAACGGGGUGGGUCCCGACCUCCCAGAGCCCACCCCUCACCAGCCGUCCGCAGCUUCGCCUGUGUCCAGUGGAACUGCCUCCCCUUCGGCCAACCUGCCCCACCCGCGAAAGUGCCUGACCGGUCAGUCUGGAUCACAGGCGGUGCAUGCUGCCAUCCCCCUCCGUCCUCCGCGUGCCUCGGAAGCCCUGGAAGGGGGGGGCUGAACACCCCCUCCAGGCUCUGCCCUGCUCCUCCGGGCCACCCCCCCUUUCCUCACCAGCACGAGUUUUCAUCCGGGCAGCUUCCGUGAGUCGGCUUCGGCCCCUGAAUGCCAGCAGCCAAGGAAUCCCGAUGCUCUUCCCCCAAAUAGGAAGCCCCUUCCUCGCACUCUGUUUUGGGGGGCUCUCUCCUUGAGGCCCCCCUGAGAAAGGCCGGGGCUCCGUGCUGAACCAGAGGGGAACCAACCCUGGUGUUGCCUAACUCUAAGGGCCCAAAUUGGCUGGCUGGCUUCACCCCCACCCACCCUUUACAGUCCAUGAAAGGGGUUUUCUGUCUGCGGAGGAGGGAAUCCACCCUGUUUCUGAUUUGGGGGGCAGCUCUGCCCCCCGUCUGCUGUGAAUGCAAGGAGGGAAUUGAGGCGCCCUGGAUUCUCAGGGUGGCACCUCUCGUGCUGUGAAUUGGGGUCCUUGCCGGGGUCUUGUGCUGUGGGGGUGGGUGGGCAUGGGGGGGGGGAUGCCACGAGGCUGGAGUCCAUUUCUAAAGGUUAGCAUCCCUGCAGGGCUGCCUGCUCAGCCUCUGGAGGUAGCCGAGUCCUUCCCAGUCCCGCUGCCCCCCUUGGCCAGCCCUCUGCCCCACAGAAGCUGCCUGCUCCCCCACUCCCUUCCCUGCUUGGGCGUGGUGCAUGGCUGCUGGCCUGGCCAAAUGUGGCCAGGAAUUCUCAUUUAGCCAAAUGUGAAAUUAUAAUGGGACAAUAAAGUUGUUGUGAUCUUGCUAAA